GGACGGGGCGGAGGGAGGGACGAGGAGGAGGAGGAGGAAGUGGAGGCGGCUGCGAAUAGCGGGCAAAUGGGGAGCUGAGCGGCUGCAGCAGCACCGCGCAGCAGCAGCACCACCAGCAGCAGCGGAGCUGAGCCGAGCCGAGCCGGCAGCGGGCCGUCGCUCCGCGGACGCCGAGUGCGAGCAGCAGCAGCAGCAGCAGCCGGGGCGCCCGGGAGAAACGCGCCCGGCACCAUGCAGACCUUCCUCAAGGGGAAGCGGGUGGGCUACUGGCUGAGCGAGAAGAAGAUCAGGAAGCUCAAUUUCCAGGCCUUCGCCGAGCUGUGCCGGAAAAGAGGAGUAGAAGUAGUCCAGCUUGACCUCACCAAACCCCUUGAAGACCAGGGCCCUUUGGAUGUGAUCAUACAUAAACUGACAGAUGUCAUCCUUGAAGCAGACCAGAAUGACAGCCAGUCACUGGAGUUGGUACAAAGGUUCCAGGAGUAUAUUGAUGCUCAUCCAGAAACCAUUAUCCUGGACCCUCUUCCGGCUAUUCGGACACUUCUGGACCGAUCCAAGUCUUAUGAGCUCAUUCGGCAAAUAGAGGCCUACAUGCAAGAUGAGAGGAUCUGUUCACCACCCUUCAUGGAGCUGACAAGUGCCUGUGGAGAAGAUACCUUGCAGCUUAUAGAGAAGAAUGGACUGGCAUUCCCUUUCAUUUGUAAAACCAGAGUGGCCCAUGGAACCAACUCUCAUGAGAUGGCGAUCAUCUUCAACCAGGAGGGCCUGAAGGCUGUCCGCCCCCCUUGUGUCAUUCAGAGCUUCAUCAAUCACAAUGCUGUGCUGUAUAAAGUGUUUGUGGUCGGGGAAUCCUACACAGUGGUGAAGAGACCAUCUUUGAAAAACUUCUCUGCUGGAAUCUCAGACAGAGAAUCGAUAUUUUUCAACAGCCACAAUGUCUCAAAGCCAGAAUCAUCAUCUGUCUUAACAGCACUGGAUAAAAUCGAAGGUGUAUUUGAGCGGCCAAACGAUGACGUCAUCCGGGAAAUCUCUAAGGCACUGCGGCAAGCUCUGGGAGUUUCCCUCUUUGGAAUUGAUAUCAUCAUUAACAAUCAGACUGGGCAGCAUGCAGUCAUUGAUAUAAAUGCAUUCCCAGGUUAUGAGGGCGUUUCUGAAUUUUUCACAGAUCUCCUGAACCACAUAGCUGCUGUCCUGCAGGGUCAGGCACCCGAGGUGACCCAGCUAAACUGCAGCAAGCUCCUGGCUGAGCAGACCGGCGGGAUCAUGGACGAGCGGAUAUGCUGCGCAGGCACGGGCUGCCUCAGCGUCAUGGGAAAAGACUCCUCCUGGAUUGUGGAAAGCGAGACCAACAGCUCAGUAAAACUGCAACACCAGAGACUAGGCUGCAACUCAGCAGUGUCCCCCAGCUUCCAGCAGCACUGCGUCGCUACGCUGGCGACAAAAGCUUCUUCCCAAUAACUUGCCAAUGCCAUGGACUGAGGAGAAGCCGCAGGGAUACAAAUUGUGGUCCCAGAACCAGAUCAGGCUGUAACAGUACAAUUGUGAAAAAGGAAAACAAAAUGCAACACAAAAAA